AUGGGAGUGAGGUGCUUCACGUGGAAGGUGAUGGUGUUCAAAGAUGGGAAGAAAGGCCAGCACCACCCCUCGCAGCAUCACUCACAGAGAUAUGCGCAUCAAAAUGCAGAUCGUAGACACAGUCACACUCAUUCCCGCUCACACUCCCUGUCCCCGUUCCGGCGCCACGGUCACUCCGAUGGUCGCACGGAACAAGAGGAAGCAGCAGUGGCUGCGGAAACAGCAGCAGCUGGGGCAGCAGCAGCGGGCGGAAGAGUCAAGAACGGCAUGAAUGGUGCUGACGGCAUGGGUGUUGAAGGGGUAGAUCGGAGGAGAGCGAGUGCAGCCGUUGCAGCAGCGACAGGAGCAGCUGUUGCUGCGACCGCAGCAGCAGGAGCAGCAGCAGCAGCAGCAGGCGAUGAGGAUGGAGGCAGUGAGGACGAGACGUCAGAGAACAGCAACGGCUCGUGGAUACGGCUCAUCCAGCACACCCACCAGCAGCACCAGCAUGGGAGUAAGCCCACGCUCGAUUCCCUGAAUGGCCACACGGAAGGCACUUCCGCGUUUGUCUCGUCUGAUCAGGUGCAGCAGGCACAGCAGCAGCAGCAGGCACAGCAGCAGCAGCAGCAGCAAGAGCAGCAGCGGCAGCAGGAGGAGCAGCGGAGACCCCCUGGUGACAUGGCAGGGCGUGCAGAGGGGAAGGAUCGGAGACACGUGGACGAACGAGUGUCGCUGCAGGUCUGUGGUGGUGCUGCAGAGACUGCAGAGGCGGCAGAAGCUGAUGGCGGAUGCAGAGAGGAGGGGCGAGGACAGGAGAGGAGGGAGGAGGGCGGGAGAGGAGGUGAGGGAGGCGAGGGAGACGCGGAGAGCAGGUGGCGGGAGAGGGAGCAGGGGAGGGAGUCGGAGGGGGGGCAAUGGAGAGGAGAGGGUGGGGCGGGGGUGAGUGGCGUGACGGAGGGCAGUGGCUUGGGGCGAGCGCGCUCGUGCUCGCCUAUGGGACGCGGGCAUGUGGUGGUGAGAGAAAUGGCUGGGACUGGGGAGAUUGAUGAGCGCAAGAGCCCUGCGCGGGCGAGGGAGGUUGACGAGUGGGUGGCCAGCUGCCUGCAGGCCGCCCUGGACCCUCUCUCUGCUUCUCACCCUGCAGCUGACUCUGCGGGAACGGCCGAGGGGGUAGUAUCAGCAGCUGCUGCUGCAGCAGCAGCAAGGGGUGGGAGUAGAGCGGGUGCGCGUGCUGCGCUGCACCUACCUGGUGUACCGGGUACUGGCAGUGACAGGGACCGACAUGGCGUUGGGGAUGGGGAUGGAUGUGGCGAUGGAGGCAGCAACAACAGUGAUGAUUUCAACGACCCGGACGAGUUCUUCUCUGUGGCGGGUCCGUGCUCGCUCCCUCCCCCCUUUGCUUCCUCUCCCCCUUGCCCCCCCCCCUUCGUGCUAACUCUCCCCCGUGCUCUCCCCCGUGCUCCCUCUCCCCAUUGCUCCCUCUCCCACUUGCUCCACCCCUCUUUCACCCCGUUUACCCCCUCCCCCGCCGCCCACUCCCCUCUCCCCCGCCCCACCACCCCGCGCUCGCUGCCGUACCGCACGCGCAGCACCGACUUUGGCUCGGCCAAGCAGCGAGUCUCCAACCUGCAACUCCUCUCCUCCUCCCUCCUCUCGCCCUCCCCUGCCGACGCCGCUGCUCCGUCCCCUGCUGCCUCCCUCGGGGGUAGCAGUUUCGGUGGUGGUGGUGGUGCGAUGAGUGGUUAUGGAGCUAGUGGUGGUGGUAGGAGUGGGGGAGAAGGCAGAGGGGGAAGGCCAGGGACGUUGAAGAAAUGGAAAUCUCUGCAGUCUCACUCUGGCACUAUUGCCUCUCUGCUGCAAGCCAUGGCGGGCACAGAUGCUGAAGCUCCCUCCACAGUGGACCGUGGUCGGUCUAGUGGCAGCAUGAGGCUCCCUUCACUUGACGCUUCUGCAGCUGCUGGCAGUGGGGGCAUGGGAAUGGACCGGCCGGGUGCAGCAGGGGCAGGGGGUGGAGGGUCUCUCCUGGAGCGCACGUCAGGAGCAUCUGGUAGCGGUGGCGCGCUGCUGUCUAGACUCUUCCGCACCUCAUCUGCUCUCAACCCCAGCGAGUGUGAGUCAAGCUCUUUCCAUAGCCUGCUCUCAGCCCAUGCUGAGAGCAGACCCAUGCUGUGGGGAAGGAGAAAGACAGGAGGGGAGGGACAGGAGAAGGAUAGCUCGCAGAUUGAGAGAUUUAGUUGCAGCGAUGAGACCAGCACACGACACCUCAUCUCUAUUGCUUCCUGGUUGCCCGGUUGCCCGGUUGCCCCGUCUGCUGAUGUAACCGCUGCCCUCGGCAGCCUCUCAGCUUUUCCGACUCGACUCUUUCUACCCUCCCCUUUCCUCUCUCCGACCCCUCUCCCCCUUUCCCCCUCUCCAACCCGCACUCCAGCCGUGAAGCGUUUGCUGAUGUGGCCACGGGCGGGCUCGCAGCUGUUUCGCUGCUCGCCCUCCGCCCGUGCUGCCACCAACUGCUGGUCGCCUGCUGACCCCUCCUUGCUGCUCGUGCGAGGUCCCAGCUAUGCCAGUGAUGGAGCCAAGGUCGCCCCUGCUGCCCCCCCUCUCUACGAGCCCUGGGCGGCAGACGUCUUUCACACGUCCAGGAAGAUCCGCCACAUUGCCGCCCACGUGGACCUCCCAGCCGCUCUCGUGCCGCCACCUGGCAGCGAGCCGGCAGCGCAGAGUAGCAACGGGCUGCCACCCGUGCUAAUCGUCAACAUCCAGCUGCCCCUGCAGCCACCCCCGCCGCUGCUCUCGCUGCAGCAGCGGGCGUGGGAUGGGCCGGGCCUGAGUGUGGUGCUCUAUUGUCGCCUGGGGGCGCACUGGCGCAACCAGGCAACCGCUCCUGCACAGAUGGCGGUACGUCGGCCUGUGGUUACAGGGGUGUGCAGCAUGGGGGCAUGGACACAUGUGGGACGGGCCAGGCCUGAGUGUGGUGCUGUACUGCCUGCUGGGGGCGCACUGGCUCUCAGGCAAGCGCUCCUGCACAGAUGGGGGUACGUGAGCUUGUGGUUAUGGGGGUGUGGGGCUAUGGGCAUGUGUGUGGACCGCCCGGGGCUGAGUGUGGUGCUGUACUGUCGCCUGGUGGUGCACUGGUGCAGCCAGGCAGAGGCUCCCGUGCACAUGGGGCACGGCCUAGGGAGGCAAGGAGGAGCGCCAGUGGAGGGAGAAGGCGAGGGGGGAGGGAAGAGGGCGGAGAAAGGUUCCCCCCACGUGCCUCGUGCAGCGACUGAGGAGGCGGUGAAGCGCGCAGAGCAGCCGCACGGGGCAGCAGGCACGGCAGCCGUGGAUGGGGUGGCUGCCGUGGAUGGGGUGGCUGCAUGUGAUGCUGCAGCAGGGCGAGAGGCGGAGCGUUCGGUCGCACAUGCUGAGGGCACCAGUGGCGGCAGCAGCGGCAGCAAGACACGGCGCAGCAACAGUGGCAGGCGUAGGGGCAGCUGGUCCAGCUACUCAUCUGCUGAUGAUACCACCAUGGGAGGGGAGGUGGCUGUGCAGGGGCACGGGGGGAAGGAGCAUGGGGGAAAGGAGCAUGUUGGGAGGGAGCACGGGGGGAAGUCGGAACGGUGGUCAAGGUCCGGGGGAGAUGAUGGGGAAAGGGAAGGCGGAGUGGAGAAGGUGGUUUGGGACCGGCCGAAGCUGAUGGUGAGGAUGGUGAACAAGGGGGAGGUGGCACUGAGUGCGGCGGGCAAGAAGCUGGUGGAGGGGUGCUCGGGAAAGGCUGGACUCACUCGCCCUUACCACACUGUUCUGCAGGUGAGAAGCGUGCUACCGUACUGUGUGCAUCAUAUCUCAUACAACCCUCCUCUCCCCUCCUUUCCCCCUCUCGCCCUGUCGUCCGCCCCGCCUUACCUGUGGCUGGGCAUUCCUGUCCCUCCUAUCACAUCCAUCCUCCUUCCCCUUCCUCCCUGCUACUCUCCCCACUUCUUCCCCAUUUCUCCCCCUUUUCCCCCAGUCGUCCACACAGCCAUACCUGGAGCUGGACAUAGAGGCACAUGCUUUCCCCCUUUCUCUAUCAUAUCAACUCCCCCGUCCCCCUCUCGCCCCCCUUCUCCCCCCUUCCCUCAGUCAUCCGCCCAGCCCUACAUGGAGCUGGACAUAGACGCGCAUGCCUUCCCCCCCGCCCAUCAAAAGGCGCUGCUCUCCCUGCGCCCCCACCUGCCAGAUGCCAUCCUCGACAUUGCACUCGUGCUGCAGGCGCUGCUGUCGUGCCCGACGGCCUCCAUCCACUCGCGCGACUCGCUAUCGCUCGUGCCGCGGGCACGCGACGCGUUCCCGCUGCCCAUCGACGCGGCGGCGCUGCCCGGCGUGUUCCACUGCGGCUACCACUCGCGCAAGUCCUUCGGCGCCGCGUCCUACUUCAUCCAGCGCGCGGCGGGGAACGUGAUGGUGGACUGCCCGCGCUACUCGGAGCACCUGGCGGAGACACUCGCGCGCAUGGGCGGCGUGCGCUACAUCGUGCUCUCGCACCGCGACGACGUGGCGGACCACGCGCGGUGGGCGGCGCGGUUCAAGGCGGAGCGUGUCCUGCACGCGCUGGAGGUGCAGCCCGACACGACAGACGUCGAAAUGCUAUUGGACGGCACGGGGCCGUGGUGCCUGGGGUCGGACCUGAAAAUUGUCUUUACUCCCGGUCACACCGAGGGCUCCGUGAGUGUGCUGUAUAAGGCGCACGGAGGGGCGCUCUUCUCAGGGGAUCAUCUGGCAUACGCUCCAAAUACGGAAAGCCUUUCCAUAAUGAGACGAGUCAACUGGUACUCGGUGCCGGUGCAGAUUCAGAGCACCAAGAAGCUGGUGGGGCUGCCCUUCCGCUGGCUGCUGCCAGGCCACGGGCGGCGGUUUCACUUUGCGAGUGAGCAGCAGAGGGACGCGAUGCUGCAGCAGGUGGUGGCGGGGGAGGAGGCGCUGCUGCUGCGGGGCCGUUAG